AUAGCUUGGCGUUCGCCAUUAUUAUUCGUGUUUCUGAGCCGCCAUUGUUGUGUGCUUUUCCAAUCAAAAAAUAUACAAUACGAACCUGUGCAUUCGGCAUUUAAUUUUUAGAGAGAGAGUGCGUGAUACAAAAUAAUAGUUAAUAUUUUUAUUUUCAUAUUUGUUGGUGCCUUUUGCGGUUUUCUUACGUAAAUAAAUUCGGAAUUUUCGACUAUGACUUUGAGUGUAGCUAGUGUAGCUUAAGCGGGAAAAGAUUGACAUUUUCGUAAUUCCAUUUUGACUGUUCCCGAUUGUAAACAUCAAAUGCGAUUAAUUAACUUUUGAGUUUACUGACUGCUAACCUCAACAUGGACCAAGUCAACUCGGAAACAGAAAAAUUAAGCACCUACGAAACAUCGAGAACCUGCCGAUCUUUGGUUGAAGAAAAAAUAAAAAACUCGGAAAAUGAAGAUGAAAACGAAAUGUCUGGGUUCUAUGUUAGAGAAAAAACCGCUGAGAUAUCCCAAAAUAAAGAAGCAAGUAAUGGUGAUGCUCAUGAAGAAAAAGAGGAUAAUGUCUCUGUUGAAGUGCCAGAAAAUGAUGACAAAGUAGAGAAAGACGAAAAUCUGCCCAAUAAUGUAAAAGAAGGGGACAAAAUAGAAGAAGAAGAAAAUAAUUCUAAGGGUAAAUAUCAAAAAUAA